CUGCAAAGCAGUCAUUUUCGAUAAAUCUCAGCGGAAAUAAGGCAGUUCUUUCAAUAAGUUUAUUUUUUGGUUUUGGCAACGACAAAGAAUAAGAAAGUCGCUAAAGAUAUUAUAGAAUUUAAUGCUGCCACUUCCUUCGCUGAAAUUGUUGAAACUCAUAUCGAGCACAUGCAGUUUUCUAUAAAAUUCAAUUAUCAAUGAUCCAGAUGCCUUGUACUUGUAUUGUGCGUACAAAGUGCUAUGUACUUUGCCAAUAAUUGCUUCAUCUACUUUCUGCCAUACAUUUCCAACAACGUAAAUUCUGAAGAGCACAAAUAGAAUAGAUGGCUACUUUUUCUAGAUUCAACGAAGAUCGGCCGUAUGAGAUUGCCAACAUUCCAGCUGAGUUUGAUACGACUCAUGACUUAGAUAUUGACAAAAAAUCUUCACUUGAUGAGCAUAUUUCAGAGGAAAAUGUGGGUUACCAACUUGCCUUGAAACUUGGUUGGAAGUCUGGAACAGGGCUGGGCCGAAACAAACAAGGCAGGUUAAACCCUGUACCAAUGGUCAUAAAAGAGGAUUUCUUGUGUCUUGGAAGACUUACAAUGGAGCUUGAUCAUGCUAAUGAGGCAUCUAACAAACGUCGAAUAUUGGAAGCAGAAAAAGAGGAAACUGAUGAAUUAAAGAUGAAGUAUCAGAAAACACAAGAGAAAGAGAAAACUAUCGAAGAAAGCUUGAAAAAUCUUAAAGAGAGUUUUUAUUGUGAAUUAUGCGACAAACAAUAUUUCAAAUACAAAGAGUACGAUAAUCAUGUAAACUCAUAUGAUCAUGCACAUAGACAGAGAUUAAAAGAUUUAAAGGGAAGAGAGUUUGCAAGAAAUUCACACCAAAAUCGUCGAAGAAAAGGAAGACAAAUCGGUUCUGAUGUUGGUAAAAGUGUGGCUAUUUCGGGUGGUGAUGUAUCGUUGAAGUUUUCUCCAGCUGCAUUUAAAUCUACGUUUGCAUCACAACCUGUUGCACAAGAUAGAAAAUCUAAUUCAAUUAUUUCCCAUUCGCCUCCACUUCCUAAAUUACCUCCGCCACCUUUACCAUGUGAGCCUCCCCCACCUCUACCACCACCACCUUAUUCAACACCUUAUUUUGGUAAAAUAUCUAAUGCAAAAACACCGGAAAAUCUUUUCACUUCAAACUCUCAUCUGGCCGCGAAAAAGGAACAGUGAAAUUUAACUUAGGACUUGGCAAACAGAUUGCAACACACGGAUUAAUGAGUCGAGCUUUGCUGAAAAAGUCCAACGUAUUCGGAGAUGAGGAAUCUGAGAGCGAAGAAGAAAGCGACUCUUGCUCAACUAAUGAACAAUCCUAUGAGCCUGAUGUGUUAAGCAGCACCACAGAAGAGCAACAAAUAUGUCUGACUAAAGCAAUUGAUUAUUUUGAUACGUUAUUAAACUCAGAGAAGAAAAGAAAGAUUAUACGUUUUGUGCGUGGCAGCGACAGAGGUGGUAUUAUGCCUGGUACAUUCAAUUGCCAAAAACCAAACGCCCUCCCUUGUCAAGCAUAAUUUCAAAUGACUAAUUCAAAAAUUCCGUAACUGCAUUCAACUUACAUUAAGUCAAUUCAACAAUAUUUGUGAAAUAACGAUUCUCUGUAAGCUUGUAAAAACUUUUUUUAAAAAACAACGCACGUUUUUUAAUCCCAUAUAAAUUGUAAAUUAUUUGAUAUUUAUGUUACGAAGUACGAGUAAAUAGAAAUGAAAAAUUUACGUGUGCCAGUCAA